UUCUAAAUGCGUUUCUCCAAAGUAACAACAUCCGUUUGAACUACAUAUCUACAUUUGAUCUGUUUUAUUAUUUAACACUUCUCCAUAUGGCGUCUCGUAAAAAAGAAGUGAGGGAUGAAACGUGUGAUGUAAAUUAUGCCAACGCAAAAUAAUAACAAUUUGGACAGCGGCGGAAACCACAAAAUGUCAUUGGAAAGUGAAUCUGGAUUAGUGACGACACUUCCCUUCCCCUUGGAUUCUGUGAUUUGUGGACAAAAGUUUUCCAGUAGGACGGAGUAGGACACUGGAAGUUUUUUUUUCUUCAAAGCAAAAACGUGAUUUUCUUUACAGUCAAAUUCUGCAAAAUUGCGCCAUGUCUCCACCAUCAAGAAGGCUUCAAACGAAGCCUGUGAUUACAUGUCUCAAGACAUUUCUUAUUUCUUACAGUCUCAUCUUUUGGUUCACAGGUGUUAUCCUCCUGGCUGUUGGUGUGUGGGGGAAGGUGAGCCUGGAAGCCUAUUUCAGCCUCGCAUCUGACCAGACCACCAAUGCACCAUAUGUCCUCAUCGGGACUGGAGCCAUUAUCGUCAUCUUUGGCCUGUUUGGUUGCUUCGCCACGUGCCGCGGGAGCCCGUGGAUGCUAAAACUGUAUGCCAUGUUCCUGGUCCUGGUGUUCUUGGCGGAGCUUGUGGCGGGCAUCUCUGGCUUCUUAUUCAGGCAUGAGAUAAAGGCUGUGUUGGGCUCCGCCUAUAAAGAUGCUGUGAACAACUACAAUGCCACUGAUGCCAAAAGCGCUGCGGUCGACACCAUCCAGAGAACUUUGCACUGCUGUGGAGAAAAUCACUUCUAUGACUGGAACACGACAAAGUACUUCAAGGAUGGAAACGGAAUCCCUGCCAGCUGCUGCAAAGAGAACGUUGUUUGCUCGCCAGAGAACCUCAAAGACCUUGAUAAGGCUCGUGAUUUGGUUAAUGACAAGGGUUGCUUCUCACUUGUGACCGUCGCGAUGGAGUCGAAUCUGGGAGUUAUUGCAGGCAUAUCUUUUGGAAUUGCAUUCUUCCAGCUCAUUGGGGUGUUCUUGUCCUGCUGCUUGUCUCGGUACAUCACCAACAACCAGUACGAGAUGGUCUAACAGGUUCCUUCCUCAGGGGGCCCCCCUAUUGGAAACAUACUCAAAGGGAACUUGCAAAGUUUUUUAUCUUUCCUACAGGUUAAAUUGUUAUCUGUCAUUUUUAAAUACAACCUUGCUGCUUGUUUUUUUUUUUCUCACUUUCACAUUUCAGAGGCAACUAGACUUAAGGGAAAAUGUAAUUCUACACCAUAAGGGACCUAGGUUUGCCGUCCCUUAUCAACAAGUCAUCUUUGUUUUGCUGAGACAAGUGGAAUACAGUUUUUUGGUUAAACUUUAAAAGUGUUGUCUUUGUUGAUUCAUGCUCAUUAAGAUGCUAACAUGUAUGACAUGUGUAUUGCUGUUUAUUUGGUUAGCGUAGCCAAUAUCCAUGUUACUCAUGUUUGUAUUCAUUUCAAUGUCUUAGUUUUCCUGCCCUCAUAUUGUUUUUGUCUGCCCUUGUUUGUUAACGUAGCCUUACUAAAGCUGUAACCCAUGUUAUUAUUAUGUGUGAUUCGCAUUGCAAUAUGCUGGGUCUCCACAGUAACGUAUACUGUGGUAAAACCUCCAGCAAUCCAUCAGUCUCUUCUGUAGAGGCUGGGAUGGAAGUAUUGGCAGUAGCUUUUGUGAAGAAAAGGGAUGGAUUGAAUUCUGUGGACACUUGGUUAGCGGGGAAUAGAAAAGAAUACCCCGCCAGGAUUCUUCUGAAGGCGUUUUAUAAGCCUUUUAAUGUUAUUUACUGAUAAGACUUGUGUUCCAGUGAUGUGUUCAAGUUUUUUGGAUAUUCACAAAAUUCCCACAGAAUAGUUGUUGGUCAUAGUGGUUGUUAAUUUGUGGAAACUGCAUGUAAAAUUAUUUGAAAUAAAUAAAUAUGCUUAACAUCA